AUGGCACACUAUUCACUACCGCCAGUUGAGGAUAUGACGUUACGUGAAUGGAACAUGUGCACUUCGACGUUAGAGGAUACAGUAUCAUUUUGUCAGUCAGUUAAAUUGAUAUCGUACUGGCCAACUGCACCAUGUUCCAAUGGUCACAAUAAUUGGUAUAUGGGAAAAUGUUCGAAAAUCAUCGAUGGUUAUCACUGGCGUUGUCGUGUGAAAGAAUGUAGAUUAACACGUUCGAUCCGUGAUGGAACAUUCUUCGCCAACUCCAAAUUAGAAAUACAACAAGUAUUGGAUUUAAUGUUUUAUUGGUCUCAAGGAAUCGAUACCCAUGACUUUCUUCGUCGACAUUGCAAAUUUGCGAGUGAGUCUACUAUCGUUGACUGGAAAAAUUUCCUUCGUGAUAUCUGCGCUGAACAUUUUUUAAGGCAUCCCGGGAUUAUUGGUGGGGUUGGAAAUGUGGCUGAAAUCGACGAAAAUGCAUGGACAAAAAGAAAAUACAAUCGUGGACGCGUGGUAGGCAAUCAAUGGGUGUUUGGUGGAAUUGAUCGUGACACGAGGGAAUGUGUCGCUGUUACCGUCGAUCAGCGUGAUGCAAGAACUCUUCUGCCGGUCAUACAACAAUACGUUUUACCAGCUCAAAUGACAAAUGAUAGCAAAACGAAUUAUAUACCAAAUGAAAGCUCAUCGAAAAUGGGAUUGAUGAGUAUAAUUGAUAUUCCAUAUGAUGAUUAUUGGCUGUAG